GAAGAGUGAUGGCUCCUUUAUCGGGUAUAAGGAGAGGCCCGAGGCCCCUGAUCAGACCUUACCUCCCUUAAACAACUUCUCUGUGGCAGAAUGCCAGCUGAUGAAGACUGAGAGGCCACGGCCCAACACCUUUGUCAUACGCUGCCUGCAGUGGACCACAGUCAUCGAGAGGACCUUCCACGUAGACUCUCCAGACGAGAGGGAAGAGUGGAUGCGGGCCAUCCAGAUGGUUGCCAACAGCCUCAAGCAACGGGGCCGAGGUGAGGACCCCAUGGACUACAAGUGUGGCUCUCCCAGUGACUCCUCUGCAGCUGAGGAGAUGGAAGUGGCAGUCAGCAAGGCACGGGCCAAAGUGACCAUGAAUGACUUCGACUAUCUCAAACUCCUUGGCAAGGGCACUUUUGGCAAAGUCAUCCUGGUGCGGGAGAAGGCCACUGGCCGCUACUAUGCUAUGAAGAUCCUGCGGAAGGAAGUUAUUAUUGCCAAGGAUGAAGUUGCUCACACGGUCACCGAGAGCCGUGUCCUCCAGAACACCAGGCACCCAUUCCUCACUGCACUGAAGUAUGCCUUCCAGACCCAUGACCGCCUGUGCUUUGUGAUGGAGUAUGCUAAUGGUGGUGAGCUAUUCUUCCACUUGUCCCGGGAGCGCGUCUUCACCGAGGAGCGGGCACGGUUUUAUGGUGCAGAGAUCGUCUCAGCUCUGGAGUACUUGCACUCCCGGGACGUGGUGUACCGUGACAUCAAGCUGGAAAACCUCAUGCUGGACAAAGACGGCCACAUCAAGAUCACCGACUUCGGCUUGUGCAAAGAGGGCAUCAGUGAUGGGGCCACCAUGAAAACCUUCUGUGGGACCCCGGAGUAUCUGGCACCUGAGGUGCUGGAGGACAACGACUAUGGCCGGGCUGUGGACUGGUGGGGGCUGGGUGUGGUCAUGUACGAGAUGAUGUGCGGCCGUUUGCCCUUCUACAACCAGGACCAUGAGCGCCUCUUUGAGCUCAUCCUUAUGGAGGAGAUCCGCUUCCCACGCACACUCAGCCCCGAGGCCAAGUCCCUGCUUGCUGGACUGCUUAAGAAGGACCCUAAGCAGAGGCUUGGUGGCGGGCCCAGUGAUGCCAAGGAAGUCAUGGAGCAUCGGUUCUUCCUCAGUAUCAACUGGCAGGAUGUGGUACAGAAGAAGCUUCUGCCACCCUUCAAACCUCAGGUCACAUCUGAGGUCGACACAAGGUACUUCGAUGAUGAAUUCACUGCCCAGUCCAUCACAAUCACGCCCCCUGACCGCUAUGACAGCCUGGGCUCACUCGAGCUGGAUCAGCGGACCCACUUCCCCCAGUUCUCCUACUCGGCCAGCAUCCGCGAGUGAGCAGUCUGCCGCCACCACCGGACACACACAUGGCCACCAUCCACCACCUGGCUGGCUUUUUCUUUUUAAAACUUUUUAUUUUGCCUAUUUUGUUUGUGUCCCCAUUCCUCACCUCCUUGCCCCUGUGCAGCUCCUCCUUCAGAUCUCUUCCAACUCACCUCUGCGAUCCCAGCGGCUGCUGCCUCCAGCCUCACCUUCAUGCCCAGACUGGUAUCUGGGAGAUGCUCCCUUCUGCCCAGGAUGGGCUGUGGGGCAGAUGGAGAUCCAGGUUCUCAGUCAGCACCAGCUCCGGGAGGGAUGAGGUGUGGAGUGGGGGCCUGCCUGGACUUCUGGCCAGGUUGCCAUGCAGGCCACCUGCCUCCCCACUGCUGCUUCCAGAUAGAGGCUGCCUUCGGUGGACGCUAUACCCAGUGCACAGUGCCCGGGGGCUACUCUCCAUGCCCUGGAACAGGGCGUCCAAUUCCCCGCCCCACUAUGGGGGCAUAAAGCAAUAAUGUCAAGGGACAGGUAGAGGCCUUUGGGAGCUGUGGGGUGGUGGUGGUCAGGGCUCCCUCCAGUAUGUAGCCAGGUCCUUGGAUUGACAUUAUGGGGUCUGACAGGUGGGCACUGCCCUGAUCCUGCUGCUCCCUCUCCUGCCCAGAGCUGUUCACCUAACCCUGUGGAUGAGGCAGGAGAAACAUUUGGGGCCAGCCUGCCUGCCACCCGCAGCCCCGUGCCUUACCAGGGCUUCCUUCCAGCUGGCCUUACCUCCCGCUGGACCCCGGACCUGGCCCUGGCCCCAUCAGAGGUGGGGUUGGGAUCACCCUCUUCUCCCUUUCCUGGGGUGAAGUGGUGCCAGCCUUGGCUGUUACACAUCUCGCACCGAGACAGUAUUGGGCCCUGUGGACUUGGGUUGGGGAAGGGCGGGGUGGGUGUCUCUGGUAUGUAUUGGGGUGGGGAGCCUCUGAGAAGGGAGGCUCCCAGGCCAUCUUACCCCCUUCCCUGUCUAGGGCCCCACUGCAGCCUUAAAAGUGAACAUGAGUGUGAGUCUGUGUGCUAUGGGCACGUGUGUGUGCUUUGGACUGUGUGUCAACAGGCAUCUUGGUGCUGCUGGGAUGCAGAUGCACGUGAGUGUAUGUGUGCCUGCAUGUCAGGUGUGUGUGUGAGUGUGUAUAGUGUAUGUGUGCUUGGGCCCCUAUCGCAGGCCUGAGCGUUUCAUCUGGUGAGGGAGAGUGCUGAGUUGGUGGGAGGAGCCCUGCCUGGGGUCCACUUUUCCUGCCCACGACUCCCUUUCCCUCUUCCCAGCAUCUUUGGGUAUUUGGAAAUUGUUUUUUGUGGUUUUAAUCUCCUCCAUCUACACCUCCCAUACUAGGCAGUUUAUAGAAAGGCAUAGGGGGUGGAGUGGGGUCUUUUUCCUUACUGUGUGUGUAUGUUGUUUAUCUGACACUUCUCCCCAUCCCAUCCCCACUGGCCUUUCCCUAGUCCUCGUAUUUGUACGGUACAAGCAAUAAAGACACUUUUCAGACCAGG